AUGGUCCGUCGCCGCCGUCGCGCGACGUUGGGUGAGAACAUUGAGUGCGAUAUGGAAAGGAUGAGAAGCCAGCCACAUUGGGUUCCUCAGCAGAAAGCCAUCUCUGGUCCACACGCAGUCAUCUUUGACCAUCUUCGACCACCGCCACAGCUGAACGUGGACAUGGACGAGGCGCUGAGCCUGCCUUGGGUCAACCUCGCGAGCUGGAACGACCUCCUGGUCAUGAUCAAGGAUGAGCCCAAGCACGUGAGCAACAUCUCUUGCAGGUUGGUGAAUGAGGGCUUGCGCAUGGUCGUGACCGCGUACCCCUACAUUCCCUUGUUCCUGGAUACCAUCGAGAACAUCGACGCGGACAAUCCCGGCUCCGCGGUGGCGAUCGUACCCUAG